GACCGCUGUGCGGGUCAUCAUCUCUGGGCGGAUUUACCAUUUUUAGCUCUUACUUUUUCGGCUUUCGUCACGACUUAUCAGCUGGUUUUUCUCUCUCUUUAAACUAGGCCGCAACGUCGACGGAGGUUACAUAUUUCGGUUAUAGUCCGAACCCUGUUGACAUUUGCUCUUCCCCUCUCACUAAAGAGCUUUCUUGUAUCGGACUAUUGGUUCUUGAGUGCCAAUCACACUGGCCAAAUUGUUCAAUCGCACAGCAACUGGUCCUCGCUAAUAUACGUCUACGUAUCGAGUUCCUAUGCACCUCACGCAAGAUUGCUGGGCUGAAGAUAUUGUUGGACGAAAUAUGGCUACCUUCACGGCCUUGAACGGAGGUGAGCCAAAGGGUGUCGAGAGGCCUAGCAGUAGCCCUACAUCGGUACGCGCAGCCUCAGAGGAACAGUCUCUUCGCCAAAUAACCACCCAGGAACCAAAAGUUGGAGAUAGCUCUACUAACCAGAGAGAGCGCUGGUCUGGACCGAGUCCUGAUCGUUCGUCUUACCAACCAACUCUCUAUUCGGAGGCUGAAGGGGCUCACAAGCGUAAGCGAUCAUUCUCAGACGAAUCUCAUAGAGAAGGACCUGUUAGUCGUGGGCGGGAACAGCCAUCUCAAGUAGAAUCACGUGAUAUACAUCCCGCGACGCAACGAGAACGAGAGUAUAGGCAGUAUGGUGAGGAAGGUCGAGAGCAUCACGAUUCCUGGUAUCCACGACACAGCCAUGCGGACGACCGCAGUACGUAUGAUCGACAGGACUCUGCGAGCGUAGUUCCGUCGCCGAGUGACGAGCAGGCUGGCGAUACGCUUCGAAGAACCACCCAUAUGGAUUCUCAACACGAUUAUUCGGCGACGAGUCCUGACGGUGAUGAUAGCUCCGUGCUCUAUGGCGGUACCUCUUACACUUCGGAGCAGAGGAAAGGAGACGCAGUAAUCCAGUCAGAUCCUAAGAAGAGGAAGCGCAACUUUAGUAACAGGACUAAGACUGGCUGCCUAACGUGUCGCAAGAGAAAGAAGAAAUGCGAUGAGACGAAACCGCAGUGUACCAACUGCGUUCGAGGUGGAUUUGUAUGCCACGGCUACCCUAAUCAACGAGGUUACCCCAAGAUGGAGAAUAAACCUGCCGCCGUUCCACUCGAGUCUAAGGAUCCUAGCUAUGUCCCUCCCGGAGCCUACGGAAUGCCGCAGCAGAGUAGUUAUCCGAUUCCGCCCCCGCCACCCCCGAAACGUGAUCAGCCUUCCCAGGCUUACCGUGGCCAACCGCUCCGGAUAGAACCCGUGCAGGGCCGGCCGAUUCUCCCAGACGACAGCAGACAGGCGACCUCCGCCACUCUUCCUACCCCGACCCCAUCUGCUUCGAGCCCGGAGAACAACAAAUUGUCAUCCAUAUCAUAUACUAAUUCGACAAGCAUGUUUCCUACCCCAAUUAGCGCUACGAGUUCUACCAUACAGUUGCCCACACCAUUGAGCGGUGUUGACCGCCAUAAAGACUAUCAAAGAGUGCCGCCAUUACACGACCUUACGAGGACCGAACAUGACACGCCGCAUUCGAGCUCGCUUCCGCAGAUUAACGUUCUCCCGCCAACUCGGAGUAGUAGUCCGCCACCCCAGUCUGCGCUGCCGCCCCCGCCUCCGCCUCCUCCGCCUGCAACAACGGCAACGAAUCCUCAGGAAACUGCACAACUCGCGCUAUCACAUUCUCAUUACCCACCCAGCAGGGAACGGACCCAGAAGGAGGAGAUGCUUACAGGGAAUCUGUACUAUCCUUUUGAUGAGGAGUUGGUACUCGAGAGACAAAGAUGCAGCGCUGCAUGCUUCAGGUUCAACAACUCUACGAGUCCCAAUGUCGGUGUAUCAGCACCCGAACGUUCGCGCCUCUUCCGAGAAAUCUUGAACCCGACAGAACCAAUUUUUAUGGAUCGGAACUCGACAGCCAUUACUCGCGUUGGGAACGUUGGGCAAGAGGUGGUUGUUGAGGCACCAUUCACCUGCGACUAUGGGUACAACAUUGUGAUUGGGAACAACGUGUUUAUUGGUCGGAAUUGUACCAUUAUUGAUCCCAUGGAAGUCCUUAUUGGUGACAACAGUUACAUCGGUCCGAACGUCAGUCUCUUUGGUGGUACGUUACAAACGGAUCCCAAGAGGCGCAAGGGUAACAAGAGCGCACAUAUCGGUGCCGCUAUUUGCAUUGACGAAGAUGUAUGGAUUGGGGGCGGUGCUAUAGUUCUCUACGGAGUAAGGAUCGGAAGAGGGGCGACAGUCGCCGCUGGAGCUGUGGUAACUAAAGAUGUACCACCGUUCACUGUCGUGGCUGGCAACCCUGCUCGGGUAACGCGCGGCGCCAUUAGCUGACAGGGCAGAAGUUGGAUUUGUUUCAUAUUUUUGCUAUUUUGCGAAUUGGCCAUGAUACCCAAAUUCGAUGUUCCUGUCAUUUUACAU